UGAGCGCACAGUACACAAAGCAGUGCGCCUGCUUUGGUUAUAACAUAUACAUUGGGCCGCGUGUAGUGUUCGAUAUAUAAUAAUCUAGUGUUGUUUAAUAUUCUUAAAACAAAGCCGCAAUGAUAAGUGUUGUAUUGGAGGUUAUAGAAAAAAACUGAAACUCGAGGCUCAUUGUUGCUUCAGAAGCGCAUGUUGUUUUUCUUACGAACGGGACAGUGAAGAAAGAAGCAGCGUACAUUUAGAAUCAGACGGUUGUUUCGCCCAUCUGUCUGCCUCCAAUCAAUCCUUAUAAACAUAGGACUGCAGGCUACAUAUUGUUACUGAAGUGGGCUAAGAUUCCCGCUUUAUCAGAUCGGUGUGUGGACCCAGGUCUGUCUCUGUCUCGGGGCAGGAGUGUAAUGGCUGAGCCGGACUAUCUGGAGGGGGACUGUGAGGAGAUGAUCAAACCCAAGAAACUGUUGAACCCAGUCAAGGGCUCCAGAAACCACCAGGACCUCCAUCGAGAACUCAUGAUGAACCAAAAGAGGGGCCUAGCUCCCCUGAACAAACCAGAGCUCCAGAAGGUUCUGGAGAAGAGGAAGAGAGAGCAGGUCCUCAAGGCCCAGAGGGAGGAGCAGGAGGCCCACACCAAGAGGAGCGACCUGGAGAUAGAGCUCAUGAAGAGACAACAGAAACUAGAACAGCUUGAGUUGGACCAGCAGAAGGAUGAGGAGGAGCAGGAGAACACCCCUGAGUUUGUGAAGAUGAAGAGCAACCUGAGAAGGACCAAGCAGGAGGCCAAUGGGGAGGAACUUACCACUUAGGGAGCCAUGGGUGGUGUGUUUGUGUGUGUGGAAAAAUAGAAAGCAACUGUGUACUGUACAUAGAGGAAUGUUUGUGCAUAUGUGAGUGUGUGUGCCUGUGUGCAGAUUCAAUGGCACAUGUUAUCUGAUAUGGACUUCCUGAUUUAUCUGACCCUGUUGAGAAAGACUUAAAGACUACAGACCAAUUUGUCUGCCCACUACAGACCAGCAGUACUACAUACCUCUUUGUCUGUCCACUACAGUACUCCCCUCACCACAGUACUCGCCUCACCUCAGCCAGGGAGGAGACUUAGCCACCUGUACUCACCUCAGCCUCUCCACUCAACACACAGGGACAGAGAGGAGACUUAACAUGAACGUGCUACACGUGAAGAACAGCCAGUCAAUCUUCUGGGGAGGUCUGAUGCAGGGACCAACAGAACCAACACAGAGUUUCCAUUCCCUCUGUCUCCUGUCUUCCCCUCUGUCUCCUGUCUUCCCCUCUGUCUCCUGUCUUCCCCUCUGUCUCCUGUCUUCCCCUCUGUCUCCUGUCUUCCCCUCUGUCUCCUGUCCACCCCUCUGUCUCCUGUCUUCCCCUCUGUCUCCUGUCCACCCCUCUGUCUCCUGUCCACCCCUCUGUCUCCUGUCUUCCCCUCUGUCUCCUGUCUUCCCCUCUGUCUCCUGUCUUCCCCUCUGUCUCCUGUCCACCCUUCUCUCCAGCCACAGAAAGCUCUCCUUUAUGUUGUUUCUGUUUUCAUUAUCAGAACCCAGAAUGGAAAAGCGGACACUGGAUGGACUCUUGAAGCUGUGUUUUGUAAAAAUGCCAAAUGAAUGUACUGUUGUUAUUUAUGUUUAUGUUUUUCGUAUUUUAGCCCCAUGUAGGGAGAUAUAGACAUCUCAGAUUAGUUUUACAGCUCAGUGUGUGGAGCGUGAACAGAGGGAUAUACUACAAAGCAGGAUCAAUGAGUCAGCCAGCUAACUUUGAUAAACAACCAGAAAUAACUUCGAUUUUCUGGUUAAUUAAGAAAUUCUAAUUUUAGAUAUGUGUUUUUGGUUGUUAAGUCAAUUAGAGCAUGCCAUUUCAAAAAAAAAAAAAGUUAUUUCAGAAUAUUUGGGCAAGUUAGCUGGCCAAGUCAUUGAUCCUACUUUGUAGUAUAUCCCUCAGGAGAGGACAAGUGUGUGGUUGUGUGAAAAAAACACCCAGAUAGUUUUUUAAAUUUUAAACAUGCCACUUCUUCAGCUAAUGCUAUUUGAAGCAAUACUAGAACUCCCCAAAGUGUGCAAGUAGUCUUUUAUUUCUAUAAUUAUAACAAAUAGAUUUUUUAAAAAUGAAUAAAGGGGAUAUUAAAUGAGUCUUAUUUUGGAUGUGAGGUCGGCAGAGAUGAUGUCAUGUACCAGGAAGUAAGUGGACAUGGGAGCCAACUUUUCCAAUAAUUGCAUUUGGUUCUAUGCUUUGUUUAUGUGCUUCUCUGAAUCUCUGGGUAAGAUUGUAAGACAAUCCUCUCCUCUGUCCCUCUGCAGAUUUAACAUCUUAUUUUAAAUAAAUAUCAUUUAACUGCU